AUGAUCCGCCAGGAAAGCUCAGAUUACCUACGACAGAAGCAGGCACAAUGGGAGAAAGAAAAGGGUUUUUUAUUCAAGAAUCUUUCUUUAUUUUUAGCUAAGUUUCCAUUUUCAGCAGAGUCCGAAAGUCGUCCUGAAUGGUUUCCGUUUGGUGAGAAUCUGACACCUGGAGGAGGUUCUCCCCUUCGAAAAUUUGUUCCAAAAGAGCCUGUAGAAUCCUCAACCCGCAAGAUCAGUGAAGAGGCAUCUACAAGUAUGCAUUCCAUCGAAACAACGACGUCUCCAGACAGAAAACAGUCUGAUGAUGUCAACUCUUGUCAACACAAUCAGCAUUAUCAUGCUCCUCCAUCUCUACCACAACAUCACCCAAAUAGUCAUCAUCCCUACUCGUAUCCUAUGUACUCAUUCCAAUAUCCAAUUGCUCCUUUCCACCAUCAGAUGACGGCUUCUGUGUCAUCGUGUGGAGAGCAACACACUAACCAACAUCCACAGGUGUUCGCCCCACAUUAUCAGGUCAUACCAGCUGGAGCCAUUCCUGUCAGCACAAUAGUACGUGAUCCUAGCAAAUCCACACCUUAUUCUAAAGUUCAGAGCAUCGAUCCAUCACAAAUUUGUCCUGUUGAUCAGAUGGGCAUGUGGACUUUACCACCUCCAACUGGACCAAAUGGAAUGCGGUACGGGAUACCAAUUCCUGCUCCUCUCGUGCCUCAGAUCACUGCGUCUAUAAUGGAAUCUUCUAAAAUGACGUCUUCUAUGAAUAACACUAUUCUAAAUGCUAUGACAUCGUCCACAUCGUCGAAUGAUUCGUCGUCGGAAUCUGGAGUGAGUGGUGUCAAAGAGUCAAAAGAAGACAAGAAAAAGAAGAAGGAUAACGUGGAAGCAGAUGAAAAAAUUCAUCGAGAAGAGAGACAGUCGACUUCUGAUUACACUGGUAACAAUCGAAAUUCGGUUCUUAUAUUUUUCUUGAUCUUUGAAGAUGAUGACCCGAUCCCAUUGACCCGUCGUAGUACUACUGGAUCUAUUACUUACAAUUACGCCGAUCAAAUCGCCGAGCGACGGAAAUUUGAGCAAGAGCAGGAAGAUCGAGAGCGCCAGGAAUUACUUGAAGUUGAACGGCAACGUCGUAUUCUGGAAGAUCGACGCAACUCGGAAGAAGAAACAAGAAAACGAGCAGAUAGAGAAAGAAUUGAAGAAGAGCAACGCCGUGCAGAUCAGUUCGCUGCAGCAAUGGAAAAAGCUAAAAAGGAAGCAGAACUUUUGAAAAGAGCCAAACUCUAUAAACAUGUUCUCCGCGGUGCUGAAGAAGAGGGUGGAACUGAACAACUCAGCGAACUGGAGCAAAAAUUACUAGGUGUUGACAUCGAGACAGGAAGACGUCUUCUGAAAGAAGUGUCUGAAGUUGAAUGGCACAAAAAGCAGGAUGAAGUUGAGAUGAAGAAAAACGCUCCACAGCCAGAGAAACAAUCUCAUAACAUUUCAACUAUGAGUAUUGGAAACCAGUCGAGUCGAGGAAGAUCUUCUUCAAUUAGCUCUCCAAGCAAACAAGACAGUUCAUUUACUCGAAAUUCUUUGGGACGGCGGUCAGUUCGAACUACAAGUCGAGAAAAACAGGGAUAUUCUGUUGAAAAGGAUCAGAACCAGACUGCCAGAUCAGAUCCACUUCUUCCUCCACAACAAUCGCCAGCAGCUCCGGUUUCUCUGGAAUCUCGGCCACUAGCUCUGCCUCGUCAAAACGAGUGCCACGUGGCAGUGUCGUCUCCAGUUCAAGGAGCUCUUCCAGGAAAUAGAGAGCUUCCAUCUCCAUCAGAAAUGAUGCUCAACUCGGGUAGCUAUUAUUGUCCAAUGAAUCGGGAUCCCUUAUCACAUCGAGAGGAAUCACGGGCUAUUCAGAAGUAUGUAUUCGUUGUGAACUUCGUGUUUCAGUAUAAUCCUUUCCGCAUACACACUCAAGAAAUCAGUAAUUUUCAGCCAACAAACUCUUCGGGUGCUUACUACAACAACAAUCAUUCCAAAUUCGACGGUGUUGGUCGUAGAUCCAACGAGACUACGCAAUCCGCACUAUUCGGUCCAAUCGCCACUAGAAGCAGUAUCCGGCGAGGAAAUAUGAGAGGAACUGGACUACCAUCGCCACCUUCCGUUAGAAUGACGCAAACUCAUAAAAGUCAGAUUAGAACUUCGAGUUUCGAAGAAAGCAGCAGCGGAGGCGAAGAUGGAGGUAGUAUUUCGCCAGACUUGAAUCAUAAAAAUUUUGGAUCGCCUCUUCCUUCUUCUACUGAAAAUGUGCAUCCUGCACCCUGCUCACCACCGAACAAAUCAACAGAAACAUUUGAGUUCAAGACACCGUCUCGCGCUCGUAGCGCUCUCAGUUCACCAAUGAAUAAUUUCUUAAACGGAGGCGACAAUGAUUCUCCAACUUCGCGACCGGCCUCUCGUCUCAUGCAGCGACUCGAGCAGAAGGGAACAAUCCGCAGAGACGAUGAGAUAAUAUCGCAGGAAAUCAGACGCGUUGCAGAAACUAAUCUCUCUCGCAGUCCUUCUUUGGCGUCGCUUCGAGGAUCCAUUCAGAAUCUUUCUAUACGUGGAAGUCAUUUGAAUUUGGCAGAAAUCCGAACAUCAGAUGGCGUCGAGUUUCACAACGCGGUGAACGUAGUUGGACAAGUUAUGCUAUAUGAAUUGCUGCAAAAUGAGAUAAAAAGAGCAAUAUUCCUUUCAUCAGCCACAGUCAGAAUGGCAUGCUAUUCGAGAGAUUUGAAUUUCUUGAGUGUUUACGCUGGACCAUAUCAGGCAUACGCAUCGUCAAAGCUGAAUCUUGCAGUUUACGUAAACGAAGUUUCGAGAAAAAGACAUGUGACUGCAGUGAGCCUUCAUCCGGGAACAGUUCCAGGUCAUCUCUAUCACAACGCAAAUCCGUUGGUUCGAUACUUAAAUGCCACGAUUCUGCCGAAAAUUCUUCGAAAACCAGAAAUGGCAGCUAUUCUUGUUCUGCAUACAGUUCUACGAGAAGACAUACAACCUGGUGCAUACUAUGAAGAUACAGAAGUGGUGAACUUGGCCGAUUGCAUUCCAGAACAAGUUUCUGUAAUGCUUACAUACAUCUGA